CACUGCUUUCCUCAAGGUGUGCGUGUCAAUGGAAGCAGAGGAGGAGUUAAGCGCGCAACUCUUUUCACGUUCCCAUACACUGCUGAAACUAAAUACUUUAAAUCCCGACUCGAGCUCAAACACAUUAAACAGGAAACUGAGGAUAUAAUCCAACACUUGAAUUGCAAUUGGACCCUUGCAAGAGCUUGGUUUGAAUUUGCACAGAAAGUGCUCAAUGCGCCUUGGUUCGGUUCUGGCGUGUGAGAACUGCGCAGGUGGAGCAGCUGAGAGAACAUGUCCAAUGGAAAAGACGACCAUCCUGCACAGAACAACUCAUCCCAGAUGACCCUAGAAGAAAGCCUGGAAGAGUGUAUGGAGGCUCUGGAUCUCUUCCUAAACAAUCACUUCAAUGAAAGUCUGGAGAGGCUGCAAUCCAAAGUGGGUGAGAGUAUGUACCAUGCUCUCAUCUAUGCCACAAUCCUGGAAAUGCAGGCCAUGAUGACUUUCCAACAUGAAGACAUUUGCAAUGCUGGAGCAACCAUGAAGAGUGCUCAGGAUCUCUGUCAAAGGUUUCGCCGUAAAUCUCCCAAUUUAGGCAAGUUGACAGGGGAGCUCACUGAAGAACAGCUCCAUGCUGAAGUGUGUUUUGCGGAAUGCCAACUCCAAAGAGCUGCUCUCACCUUCCUACAGGAUGAGAAUAUGGUGAGUUUUAUCAAAGGUGGGAUCAAAGUACGAAACAGUUACCUAAUUUACAAAGACUUGCAUUCCUACGUGAAAUCUCAAACCUGUUUGAAAGGAUCUGGCCAUAAUCACUUAGAGGGUGGCAUUUCAUUUGGAGUAGGAGCCUUUAAUUUGACACUCUCUUUAUUUCCACCCCGGAUACUAAAAGUAUUAGAAUUUGCCGGCUUCUCGGGAGAUAAGGAUUACGGUUUGUCUCUGCUUGAUGACGGCGCGACGGCCAUGAAUUUGCGCUCCAUGCUGUGUGUUCUGCUACUGCUUUGUUACUACACCUUUCUCACAUUCAUACUAGGUAUGGCUCCGCCCCCAUACACACCGAUCGGUAAGAUGUUUCAUACGUCCUGCUCGCUGUGUUUUUCAGGAACAGGUGAGGGACAUGUGGUGGAAGCUGAAAGAUUGCUGAAAAUAUUCCGGGUUCGCUACCCCCGGGGAGCAAUAUUCCUCUUCUUUGCUGGCAGGGUAGAGGAGAUGAAAGGAAAUAUCGAUGAGGCGGUGGCCUUAUUUGAAGAUGGCUGCAAGGCCCAGCAAGCAUGGAAGCAAUUCCACCACAUGUGCUACUGGGAGCUCAUGUGGUGCUUCACUUAUAAGCGAGCAUGGAAAAUGGCUUAUUUUUACGCGGACCUACUGAGCAAGGAAAGCCGCUGGUCAAAGGCCAUGUAUAUCUACAUGAAAGCUGCUUGCCUUAGCAUGCUGCCAAAGGAAGAGGAACGCCCCUUCGGAGAGAAUGAGGUGGAUCUCUUUAGACAAGUGCCUGGCUUCAAGCAGAAGAUAGCGGGGAAGUCUCCUCCCACAGAGAAAUUUGCUAUCCACAAAGCUCGUCGCUACAAAGCCAACUGUCCAGUCAGGCUAGCAGUGCCAGUGCUGGAGAUGAUGUACAUGUGGAAUGGUUUUAGUAUGAUCAAAAAACGACCAGAGCUGACUGAAGGCAUGAUCCAGACGCUAGUGGAGGCUGAGCGCACCUUGUUGGAGUCUCCAGAGAAUGAGUAUUCACUAGAUGACCGUUGUGUAAUCCACCUGCUGAAGGGAAUGUGUCUGAAAAACCAGGGGCUCCUCCAGGGUGCCGAGGAAUACUUUCAUAAAGUUUGUUCCAGUGAGAAGAAGCUUAGGUUUGACCACUACCUCAUUCCCAACUCCAUGGUGGAGCUCAGUCUCCUCUACAUCGAACAAGGCCGAAGAGACGAGGCCAUCAAACUUCUCCACAAGGCCAAAAACAACUACAAAGAAUACUCUAUGGAAUCUCGCACGCAGUUCAGGAUCCAUGCUGCCAUGGCCAAACUGAAAGCUGGCUCUGUCGAUGCGGACCGAACUCAUCCAUAGGGAGGUCGAAAUUUUAUCUUGGGAGACACUCUUCAAAUGCUGUCAUUGUCAUGUCUGCGCUUUUAGCCGAUGCCCAGUUUUCUACUUGUGCCAAUUUUCCAUCAAGUAAUUGCUGGGUUUAUAUUUGGGUUUGUCCUUUUGACAUUUGAUGAAGGCAAUUGGCGUCAAACAGUAAUAUAGUUUUGAAUAGAAUUGAUAUAAGAAUACAAAGUUGUUAAUGAAGACAUUUCAUUGUAUGGACCAUGUUUACAUAACCUGCCUCAACCGUUGAUUAAAACCACUCGAAAUGA